UGCAGUGGAUGGAGAACUACUGUUCUCCUAGACAUCAGAGGGGGCGUUGUAAAAUGGUACAGUCUCCAUGAAAUGGGUGUGGUUGAAUCGUGCUUAUGAGAUCUAACGUUUAGGAAGCGCAGACCGGGUGAUUUGAUCCGAAUUUGUUAUAGCACGUAUUGGUACAUUGCUUAUUUAAAUAUUACUAAAAAAUACAACGUGUAAACAAUAGGCUAUUGUUGCAUGUUCUUGGUUAUAGAUGUAUCGAUGGGCGCGUUUUCUGCUCCUCCGGCAAGAUAGCCUAGUAGCUUUUUGAUAUUCUUUUUAUUUUUCUCUCAAGAGCUCAAGCCCCAGUGCUUUGCAAUUUAUUCAAUAAUUCAUUUUUUGACGAAGAGGCGACCGUCAUUACGAAGUGAGGGAGUGAGGGAGAGAGGGAGGAGGAAGAGCUCCGUGAACAAGGGAGGAAGGAAACAAGGACACCACAUACAGAGUAAUUCGGAGACAGAACAUUUGUGUUAAUUUCACAGGGUUCAAUGCAUGUUCUUUGGCGCGUGUAAAGACUGCAAUUGUGUUCCACCACCUUAGACAAAGAUGUUUUUGUGCUGAAGGUCUCGGGCGUAGAGUCAAAUCAUUCCGAAGAGGAAACGGGAACACGAGCAGAUUUCAUCUUUUCAAGAGGUCCAAUCAAACGGAGAUAUGGUUUCUCUGUAUAACGCUGUAAUGUUAAUUUGACGUUUCUGGCAACGUUGGAGAUUCACCGAGCAACAGUCGACAACAGAAGAACCAGGGUGGAUAGUAAAAUUUAUCUUCGUAUUUUUGUCACAAUAUUUUUUUUUAUUGACUACGAGGGACCUUAAACCACUCCUGGCUUUUUUUGAAACAUUGUUUCCAGAAUUUACUCGACAAUAACCAGAAACCAUCAUCGGAAACAUUAACAAACAGGUGACUGAGAGCUACAUUUGCCGGCCAGGGACCGAUCCAAGAUGAGCGAGCUGGAGCAGUUACGCCAGGAGGCAGAGCAGCUGCGGAACCAGAUCAGAGACGCCAGGAAAGCAUGUGGAGACUCGACCCUGACACAAAUCACGGCUGCUCUGGACCCUGUGGGGAGGAUUCAGAUGAGGACGAGGCGUACCCUUCGUGGGCACCUGGCUAAGAUCUACGCCAUGCACUGGGGCACUGACUCACGACUGCUGGUCAGCGCUUCUCAGGAUGGAAAACUCAUCAUCUGGGACAGCUACACCACCAACAAGAUGCAUGCCAUCCCCCUGCGCUCCUCCUGGGUCAUGACCUGUGCGUACGCCCCCUCUGGGAACUAUGUGGCCUGUGGAGGCCUGGACAACAUCUGCUCCAUCUACUGCCUGAAGACACGCGAGGGGAACGUCCGAGUCAGCAGGGAGCUACCCGGGCACACAGGUUACCUGUCUUGCUGUCGCUUCAUCGAUGACAAUCAAAUCAUCACCAGUUCAGGAGACACUACCUGUGCAUUGUGGGACAUCGAGACGAGCCAGCAGACCACGGUGUUCUCGGGUCACAGCGGUGAUGUCAUGAGCCUGUCCCUGUCCCCGGACUUCCGCACCUUCGUGUCGGGCGCGUGCGACGCCUCCAUCAAGCUGUGGGACAUCAGGGACAGCAUGUGCAGACAGACGUUCACUGGACACGAGUCCGACAUCAACGCUGUCUGUUUCUUCCCCAACGGGAGCGCGUUCGCCACGGGCUCCGACGAUGCCACCUGCCGUCUGUUCGAUCUGCGCGCCGACCAGGAGCUCAGCCUCUACUCCCACGACAACAUCAUCUGUGGAAUAACAUCCGUGGCCUUCUCCCGCUCCGGCCGCCUGCUGCUGGCCGGAUACGACGACUUCAACUGCAACAUCUGGGACGCCAUGAAGGGGGAUCGAGCAGGUGUGCUGGCCGGUCACGACAACCGUGUGAGCUGUCUGGGGGUGACGGAUGAUGGCAUGGCGGUCUCCACCGGCUCCUGGGAUAGCUUCCUCAAGAUCUGGAACUGACGAGCUUCAUGACGCGCACACUCACACACACGCACGCACGCACACACACAGACCAUACACAACUAUUCACAUCUCACACUUUGGUACACAUAGUUUGCACACUGUAUUCACACUGUUCGUAAGAUUUACACACACACACAAAUUGAAACAUUUUACUGUACAUAAUAUAUAUAUCGCCAAUUAGAUAUGAGUUUACACAAAUACACACACGCCACAUCACAUUGUAUGCAGGAAGAGUUCACUAGAAUACAAAACGUCCCAGAUUAACCUACAACCCAGAGUUACACACACGUCAUUGGAAUCACAGCGUGACCAAACUCACAUAUGCUCAACUAAAACAUAUUCAAAUGACACGUAUUAUCUAAUUUCUUUUGUUGCUAAAUACAUGUAUGCCCACACACACACACCUACACACAAACACUCUUCCUGAGAAGAUUUGAUCCCUGAGCUAAGCGGGAGAAGUUAUUGGACUAUCCUGUUGGUUUACUGAAGUCCCAAAUCUCCUUUUGCCUUCGUUCUGUAACCAUGCUCGUCAUUUGAGUCAGUGCAGACAUGAAAGAGCUCGCCACUCUGCAAUCUGAAAAUAGAACCCAUAUGGGAGGGUAGAGAACCGGCAGAAUGGAUUGACUUUAAAGAGACACAGUUAAAAGAAUAUUAAGAUAAACCAUCAAUUUAAAAACGUUUCUUCUGGCUCAAACUAAAUGCUAUCAUGUAGUUACUGUUUUUAUAGAUAUUUACCCCCACAUAUAUAAGUAAAUAUAUGAUAGUUUUGGUUUUGAUGUUUUUGUUGUAUUAAUUUUUUACGCCUAUUUUAUUCAUGUUUUCCCUGUGUGCCUCAGAUACACUUUAAGGAUAAUUAUUAGAGAAUAAUGAUGAAAUUAAAACUAAAUGAAAUCAAUAAAAUGAGAGACUCAUAAGGUGAACGAGAAAAAAAGAAACUGAUAAUUUAGAGACAACUCUCAAAUACGCAGGGGGCAAUAUUCAUACUUUUGACUUUGUCAAUAUAUUAUGUCAACUUUAUGAUAGUAAACAUUGUACAUACUAUUAAUAAAUACAUCUAGCCUCUCCUGCCA